AAGGAAGGCUCAGAUACAAAAGAAUUAUUCUGGAAAACAGGGGAUCAGGCGCAAAACUGGAUAUUAGGGCAAAAACAGUUUGAGGCAAAAGAACGUUUUCAGAUUCUAAUUGAGGGAAAAGCAUGAAAUCACAAGGAGUCUUGGUAUGGAGACAUAGCAGUUGAUGAUAUAGCAAUGUUUCCCACUGAAAAAUGUCCAACAGAUUGUGGCGAUCCUACCCCUGAAGCUGGCGUUGCAAAUCCAACAGACAUCAAAAUCGGAUCUGCUGUGCAAAUAUCAUGCAAAAUUGGUUAUGAAAUUGCAGGAAAUUCAUCAAUUAUUUGCUUAGUAAAUGGUUCCUGGAGUGACAGGCCAGAAUGCCAACCAACAGACUGCAUGAUGCCGAACUUCGACAGUGCAAUAAUUAUAAAUACUUCAGAAGGCACUACAUACAACGUGACAGCAAAAUUGUCUUGUGCAGUUGGCUUUACGUUGAUUGGCAAUGCAUAUGUCACUUGUCAGGCGGAUGGGAACUGGUCAACGCAACCGAACUGCGUCAUCAACAACUGCGGUGAUCCGACUCCAGAAUCAGGAAAUGUUGAUAGCACAGACUUUCAGUAUGGCUCAGUUAUUGAAGUUAAAUGCGUUGAAGGGUACAAAAUCAAUGGAAAUUCUUCAAUAAUAUGCCAAGCAAAUUCUACAUGGAAUAACAUUCCAGUUUGUGACCAGAUAGAGUGUGAAACUAUUAAUAUCACAAACGGACAUUUUGAUACAGCACUCGGAACGACUUUUGGAAAAACUGCUACACAGUCCUGUGACACCGGUUAUACCCUUUCGGGAGAUGAAACAGUCACAUGCCUUGAAGCUGGUUGGAAUGGUACUAUUGCAACGUGUACCAUCGUUGACUCAGUUGCCAGUGCUCUAGUCGUAGUUUAUGCUAUGGUUCCAGUUAUUGUAAUAGUUCUUACCUUAGUUUUAUUAUUCGUUAUUUGGAGAAAAAGACAUAUACAGUGUGCACAAGCAAAAGAUGCAAAACACAAAUCCGGAGAAAAUCCGACAAUUCAAUAUGCGAGUGAAACAAACAGUGGACAUGGUCUCAAACACCAGAUCAAUGUAUCAGAAACAUCGGAAUCAAUACCACCAGACGAAGAAUAUUCUUUUAUAACAGAACAUAAUAAAGUGGAACCAACAGAUACCAUGUACUACAACACAUUUGAUAAUAUAUGUAAAGUUGAAAAUGAUGUAGAAAGUCAAUAUGAUCAUACAAAUGACAUAUCGAAGUCGUUUUCAGAUAAUAUAUAUUCGCAUAUAUCUAGAAACAAACCUGGCAUACAGGACGGGACAACUUACGAUACAACAUCUUGUCAAAACUCUGGAAAUGAAGCCUUGAACACCAAAGCACAAACAGAAGAUGAUAGUUAUAGUCACCUUAAUAUAGAAGGUCUAAAUAAAGCAAUACAUCAGAAACCUCAAACAACAACUCAAGAUGAAGAAUCUGAAUACGCAAAUACAUCAGGAAACAUCGAUGCCGUAGAAACUGAACAAAAAGAUGACUUUAAUGUGAAAGAAGGGAAAAUGAAAACAAAAACUGUUGAAAAAGAAGUAAACAGUCAUGAUGAAGAUUGUGAAUAUUCUAAUGUAAUUAAAAGACCUGGAAGUAUCGAAAGUACAGGAGAGUAAACUGUCUGAUAUGAACAGCCAGUUUGAUACAUUACAUUACUAACGCUGACAAAGAUACUGCUUAAUUUUGGAAGAAGGAGAAAAAUGUGAUGAAACAUUAUUUGCCACAAUUACAUUUUGUAAGAGAAUACAUUUUCUACAUUAAUGCAUAUGCCGUAUAAUUAUCUUCAUUUUUCAGACAAUUGGCUUUAAAUUUGAUAUUUGCACAAACAAUACUAUGUAUUUCUUCAUUUCUAUCUCCCAACUCAUUUUACUCGUAAGAUUAUAUUUAUAAUGUUUUUCCACAUCACGUAAGUAGUGGAAAUCAAAUAAAUAAAUAAAUGUUUUAUCUUAUAUGACAUUUAAUAUGAAUAUUUUUCUACGAGAAAAAGCGCCCGGCGGAACUGCCGACCAUGCUUCUUCAUCACGACAACGCAUUGUCACAUCGUGCGGCAGCUACUCAGGAAGUAGACGAGUGUUCGUUUGAUGUUCUGGAGCAUCCCUCACACAGCCCGGAUUUAGCGCCGUGCGAUGUCUUCCUCUUCCCAGCGCUGAAACAUGUUCUCCGCGGACAGCAGUUCGAGGACAUUGACGAACUUCCCACAGCCGUUCAGUCGGCAAUCUCCUCACUUUCGAAGGAAAGUUACAGUAGCGCAUUCACUACCUGGGGCAAGAGAUGUAAAAAGUGCAUCUCCUUUAGCGGUGAAUACUUUGAAAAGAUUAACAUUUGAAAAAAACCUGUCAGAUGGUACGUCGUUCGAGGCCGUUGUUCAAAGACAUAACAUUGUCAACUUGAUGACGUUAAAUGACGUUGGGCCGAUAUUCCGAUGAUGGGUAUUGUUGACUACAAUUAUAUUUGUGAUAUGUGAAUUUAAGUGUGCAUUGUUAUACAGACUCAGAAUUGUCCAUAGUAUCACAGAACGAAAUUUCAUGUAAAUAUAUUGAAUAGUAAAGAAUUGGCAACACUUUUCCGGAUACUUUUGAACACCCCUCAUACAUCCAUUUGUUUCAAUAUUGGAUAAAAUGAUAAAAGAAAUCUUAAAGAUACUCAUCAGAAUAUUAUUAUACAACUCUUUGCAAAGACAUAAUGAAACUCCUGUAGAUUUCAAAAUUGCAUUCCUUCCUAUUUAUUUUAAUCCCGUGUAAAACAGAUAAAUAUAGUGGUAUUACAUAUUUUACAUUUGUCAUAUUUAUAAGUUUUGUAAAUAAGGCCAGUGGUAGAUGUAUUCUUUUAAAGAGCUUUUAACAUGAUAUUAAUGAUGCAUGCUAGAUAUCUGUAUAGUCGCAACUGACUCUAAAGCAAAAAUCAAACCGUCUGUUAGUUUGGAAACAACGGCAAAAAGUAUGCAGUUAUAGAUUACUGAGUUUAUCUAUGAAAUGGUUUAAGUUUAAUUUGUCAUAUCAUAGCAGGUAAAGCUACUGCUCAAAGUAAGAGAUACAACAGACUAUAACAUCUUUCUCGA